UGAGAGAGCAACAGAGGAAGAGUCGCCUCAGUGGAAUCGAUGCUAUAAAGGUUACUUUACUUUCGUGUCUCAUAUAUUAGCUGCAAAGACUGUAGCAAACAUUAUCAAAACUUCUUUAGGGCCUAGAGGCCUUGACAAAAUCUUGAUUUCUCCAGACGGUGAUAUCACUGUAACAAAUGAUGGUGCUACCAUUUUGACACAGAUGGAAGUAGAGCAUCAAAUUGCGAAAUUAUUAGUUCAACUAUCUAAAUCCCAAGAUGACGAAAUUGGUGAUGGAACAACUGGU